UCACUAUUACAAAAACGUUUUGUGCAAAAAAUAAUAAAACAGAGAAAAGAAAUUGAAACCAAAGACUGGAAGCAUGGCCCACGACCGCGAGGUGUUGCGUAUGAUCUGGGAGGGCCAGAUUGGCAUCUGCUUCCAGGCGGACCGCGACGAGAUCGUGGGCAUCAAACCGGAGCCCUUCUAUUUAAUGAUAUCGCGACUCAGCUACUUGCCCCUGGUCACCGAUAAGGUUCGCAAGUACUUUUCCCGCUACAUAACCGCCGAGCAUCAGGAUGGCGCCGUGUGGUUCGACUUUAAUGGAACGCCCCUGCGCCUGCAUUAUCCAAUUGGUGUCCUGUAUGACCUGCUGCAUCCGGAAGAGGAUAGCACGCCCUGGUGCCUUACAAUACACUACUCCAAGUUCCCUGAGGAUACGCUCGUCAAGCUCAAUUCCAAAGAACUGCUGGAAUCCCACUACAUGUCCUGCCUUAAAGAGGCAGAUGUCCUGAAGCAUCGUGGCCUGGUCAUUUCGGCCAUGCAAAAGAAGGAUCACAACCAACUGUGGCUGGGCCUGGUCAAUGACAAAUUCGAUCAGUUUUGGGCCGUCAAUCGGCGACUGAUGGAGCCCUAUGCCGACCAGGAGUCCUUCAAGAACAUUCCCCUGCGGCUCUACACGGACGAUGACUUUACGUACACGCAGAAAUUGAUUCCCGAUCGCGAGGGUGGACACAAAAAGAGUCUGGCCGAUCUGAUGGCCGAAUUAUCGACACCUGUGCGCAAAGCGGUUGGAUGUCGCACCCAUGGCAUUGAUCUUCAUGAGGAAACGCAGCUACAAUGGAUGUCCGAGCACCUUAGUUAUCCCGACAAUUUCCUGCAUUUAUCGGUGGACUACAAGGAUGUCUAGUCCUUCCAGAAUAUGUAUAUAUAUAUAUAUAGUAUAUAUAGUAUUAUAUAUA